UUAAAAUUAAUAAGUAACUCAGUUUUUAUUUAUUAAAGUGAACAACCGAACAUUUUAAAUUACAAGUUUAACUCGAAGAAUUACUCGUUUAACCGCCAAAACAAACUUAAUCCGUUCCUCUAUUAUCAAUCUCGUGAUUAAAUAAAUAAUUAGUUAAUUUAAUUUUAUUUAUUUAAAGUAUUAUAACUCAAGGUUACAAAUUUAUGGAACCUUCUAAGUCAAUUUCGCAACUCAAGGCUCAACGUUGAAGACUGAAUUUUAGAUUUUUUAUUUAUUAAUUAUUUAUAUUCAAGAUUAUUAUUUAUACUUACUCAAUUUAUCACCUUGUGCAAUUUUUGUGAUAAACGUAAUUAAUUAACUUGAAGAAAAAGUAUUGCGUUAGAUCUGACUCUUGCCUUGCAUCACCUUAAAAAUUGAGAUGUACCUCAUUAGAACAUCAUUAAAUAUUUAUUAAUUUACCAAUAUCUAAAAUUAUUGAAUACCUUACAUACCGUGCUAGCCAACUAGGUCGUUCUUCGUGGUGUGACUAGUUAUCCAGCAAAGGAGCAUUAAAUUAAUAAGUUAGUCGAAAAUACUAACUAAUUGCUGAAUUUCGCUGGUCACACGUCGCAGGAAUGGACACUACAGGCUCGCCGGCACCGGUUACAAUCCACUCACUUCUUGAACAACUUCAAGAAGCUCUGGUACUUGAAGUAAAGUACCAGCCUAAUUUACAACUUCCAGCUAUAACUAAAAAUGAUGAGGUAAUAAUUGCUGAGAGAAAUGGCUCGGCACACGUUUUAAGAUGCCUUAAAGUCUGGUAUGAUCUGCCAUCGGAUGUAUUCUUCAUUGCGAUGAACUUGAUGGACCGUUUCCUCACUAAAAUGAAAGCUCAACCAAAGCACAUGCCCUGCAUCAGGGUAUCAUCAUUCUACAUAGCUGCCGUCCAAAUGUCACAAACAAUCGAUAUGGAUCAUCUUGUCUCUAUUUCUCAGUUCAAAUUCACUCGAGGUGAUCUUAAACGUAUGUCGGAUUUGAUCAGUAAUAAAUUGGAGUGGGCACCAGGAACUACGCCUAUCACAGCUCUUACUUUCCUACGUCUCUUUCACGUCAUGUUCCAUGCAGCGGCAUCACAGCUAGGACUUGGUGAACUCUACGCCAGCAUUGUUACAGAGUCUGAACUUGUUCUAAGGCUUGAAAUGGUUGCCUGCAACGUCGAAUGUGCUAACUUGAGACCAUCUGAAGUAGCUCUAGUGCUUCUUUGCACGUAUCUGGAUUCAGCAGUCAACCGUUUGAAAUCUAAUACCGAAGCGACUAUGCUACCAGUUGCUGGACCAAGCUCUGCACCUGUUGAUUUUUCUCAGACACCUGCUCAUCAAAUCUUACGACUUGUUGAGUUUGCUACUGAACUUCAAAAAAUAUGCCGGAUUUCAGAGGCAAGCUUCGCUUCUACACAUGAACGAGUUGGGGCAAUAAUGAGUAAGUACAACGCACAAGAACAAAUACCGUACAGACAAAGAUUUGUUUGGCGAUUGUCAUCAAGAACUGCCAGACUCUUACGUCCAACCGAUAAAUUCAUUUCAAACCUCCCGGCUAUCGCUGAAAACGCUCCAAUUCCAUCUCCAAGUCGAAUCAGAUCGGGAUACAGACUCAACAGGCGCCAUGACAUGAAGAGACGUUAAAAAUACUCAAAGCAUCCGGUUAAAAAAGAUUAAUCUACGAAAAUCAUAAAAAAAGUACAAACAGCUUUGAAUUCGGCAUUUACAGCGUUUUCAUACCGCUAUACAUUUAUUGAUGUUCCAUCAAAUAAUUGCU